AUGGAACAACACGAAGUAUGGAACAACUUGAUGGAGAUGAAGAAAGAGGACAGAAACAAGCAAACUUUGUUUCCUCUCCGACUCCCGGCAGAGAUUCAAGAUGAAACACUGAAAAAGUUGGGCGUUGUGGAAACGCUGAAGUUGUUGAAAGUGACGAAAUCACUUCGCUGUUGGGCACUUCGAAAUGCAAAAAUGCAGCUUUCCGACUGGAUACCUGAUGGGACUUCAACUCGCGCCUACAUGGCAAAUGCGAGUAGAAACCGCCCUGGUGGUCAAACUUGUGGAGAUGCUCAUCGGGUUGUGAUCACUCAUAAAGACGCUCAAUCUGAGUAUAUUCAUGCAAAUUAUGUGGCAACACCGAGCUCCGAGAGACGUUUCAUUUGUACACAGGGGCCUCUUGACGAAACGAUUGCCGAUUUUUGGUUGAUGAUGCUUCAAGAGGAAUCUGAUACAAUCGUCAUGUUAUGUGAUUUCGUCGACAACGAGGGUUACACAAAAUGUGCUCAGUAUUUUCCAAGAAAUGAAAACCAGACAAUGAGGAUCACUGAAAAGCUUGAAAUCACAAAUGUUGAGGCUCAUCAUCAAAUAGUCGACGAAAUGUCAUGGCUAAAAAUCCGACACUUUAUGUGGGAAGGUUGGCGAGAAGGGGAAGUUCCGAGCUGUUUGCGAACUCCAAUCAAACUACUUGCCCAAAUCCGCGGUUCACAAAAACCAAUCGUGAUGCAUUGUGGUGGUGGGACGGGAAGAACGUCGAUUUUGGUGGCUAUCGAAUAUUUAUUGGAAUGCAGCAACCUGAAAACAGGAAUCCCUCCAAUGUGUCAUCUAAUGAAAGAACUUCGAUCAUACCGGCUGUGGUCGAUUCUCUUCGAUUUGCAAUAUCUCUACAUUCAUCGCGUCAUCUUCGAUCACUUUCUCGACAGACAAAAAGCAAAAUUUCAGGUCUUUCACCAAGAAAAAAAUCGAGCAAAAUAUGAAAAAUUCGUCAAGGAUUACAAGGGUCCAUUGCAAGGAUUU